CGAUUCAGUGAAAAGAUUCGAAUCAAAAUAACUAAACGCCGGCUGCUGCGUCUCCAGAUGCUUCACUCGCGCAGCAAGGUGUUUGGAACGUAAUUGAGAGACCUCUAUCACACUACAGCAUGGCGUCCGAUGAACCUAAAGCCAAGAGGAUUAAACUCGAUGAAAAAAAGCUCAGUCAAAAUGCCCUUUUUGGGAUGGGAAACCCCCUGCUUGACAUCACUGCUGUGGUGGACAAAGACUUUCUAGACAAGUAUGGACUCAAGACGAAUGACCAGAUAUUAGCGGAGGAGAAACACAAGGAAAUGUUCGAAGAGUUAGUCAAGAAAUUCAAGGUUGAAUAUCACGCUGGAGGUGCCACUCAGAACUCUGUAAAAGUCGCACAGUGGAUGAUCCAGGAACCGCACAAUGUGGCCACCUUCUUCGGCUGCAUUGGGAAGGAUAAGUUUGGGAAGAUCCUUAAGGAGAAGGCAGAGGAGGCCCACGUGGACGCCCACUACUACGAGCAGAGCGAAGAGCCCACGGGGACGUGCGCUGCCUGCAUCACUGGCGACAACAGGUCUCUUGUUGCAAAUCUUGCAGCUGCUAAUUGCUACAAGAAAGAGAAACACCUCGAUCUGGAGGAGAACUGGAAACUUGUUGAGAAAGCCCAAGUUUACUACAUCGCUGUAAGUAGAACUGCCUCUCUUGACGCUUUUGCCUUGUUUGCAGUUUGUCACCACAUGAUGUGAUGUGUUAAAAUUCAG